AAAUAGCCUACAGAGCGAAGUACACGUCACGUCACACCCCAUCCUCCUCCUCCUCCUCCUCAUCUCCUUCCCUGCCCACUCAACUCCCGCCUUCUGUGCUACGAUUGGCUAGUAGUUAAUACUUACUGUCCAAUCAGCAACCUGCUCGUGCGCCUAAUCUACUUAAGCAGAGGCGGGAUUUACCGGAAUGCGGGUGGGAAAAUCUAACAUACAGCCCACCUAUUUGGCAUUAGUGACCUGAAGCAAUUUGAGUUCCUGUGGGCAGCGGAAUAAAAAACCCUUUUUUAAAAUUCAGCGCUGUUUUUAAGUUGUGUCAAAGCUUUUUGGUAGUUAUAUAUGUUCCUAGGAUUUAUUUUCAGUUUAAUCUGCCAGCCAGCCGCAGGAACGCUAGCUAGGGUUGUGUUUGUUGCUGAGGUGGCUAGCUGGGCUGUGAGGUUUGGACUGGCUAGCUGGGCUAAGCUGUGGUGUCUAUAAAAACACAUAAAGAAAUCAAACUUUUUAUUUUUUGAGAAUUCGCGCUUUAAUAGACGAACAUGAGGAUCACGGUGGAUUUUGAGGAAUGUCUCAGAGACUCUCCGAGAUUCAGGGCCACCAUUGAGGAGGUGGAGGGAGAUGUGUGUGAGCUGGAGUCCAAAUUAGAUAAGUUGGUGAAGCUGUGCAUUGGGAUGAUCGACGCUGGAAAAGCGUACGUCUCGGCCAACAAGCAGUUUGUGAACGGCAUCCGAGAAUUAGCACAGCAGUCGGCUGAAGAUGAGGUCAUUGAGUCGAGUCUGACUAAGUUUGCUGAGAGUUUGCAGGAGAUGACCAACUAUCACACGAUUUUAUUUGACCAGGCACAGCGUUCAAUCAAAUCACAACUUCAGAUGUUUGUGAAAGAGGACCUGCGCAGGUUUAAGGAGUCGAAGAAGCAGUUUGAUAAAGUGAGUGAGGAGAAGGAGGCGGCGCUGAUCAAGAAUGCUCAGGCACCCAGAAAUAAACCACAUGAGGUGGAGGAAGCUAACGGCAUUCUCAGUGCAACACGCAAAUGCUUCCGCCAUAUUGUCCUGGAUUAUGUCCUCCAGAUUAAUCUUCUGCAGUCCAAGAGACAAUCAGAAAUCCUCAAAUCGAUGCUGUCCUUCAUGUAUGCCCACCUGACCUUCUUCCACCAAGGUUAUGACCUGUUCAGUGAACUUCACCCACUAAUGAAGCACCUCGGGGGGCAGUUGGAGCAGUUGAUGAUUGAUGCAGCAAAGGAUAAGAGGGUCAUGGAGACAAAACACUCCACUAUUCAGCAAAAGGAUUAUUCGAAUGACGACACCAAGCUGGAGUACAAUGUGGACGCCGAGAAUGGGAUCAUUAUGGAGGGUUAUCUGUUCAAGAGGGCUAGUAAUGCCUUCAAAACAUGGAACAGGCGCUGGUUCUCAAUUCAGAACAAUCAGUUAGUCUACCAGAAGAAGUUUAAGGAUAACCCCACUGUGGUGGUGGAAGAUCUCAGGUUGUGUACAGUUAAACACUGCGAGGACAUCGAACGCCGUUUCUGCUUUGAGGUGGUUUCACCCACAAAGAGCUGUAUGAUGCAGGCCGAUUCUGAAAAGCUGAAACAGGCGUGGAUCAGAGCCAUGCAGAACAGCAUCGCUACGGCCUUCAGAGACAGAUCAGAUGACUCAGAGUUGGACAGGAAGUCGUCGCCGUCCACAGCAAGUUUGGAGUCAGACCCCAGAGAGAAGACUCUGAAAGGAGAAGGAGCCUUACAAAAGGUCAUGUCCAUCGCAGGAAACAGCACAUGCUGUGAUUGUGGCCAGCCAGAACCCAAAUGGGCCAGCAUUAACUUGGGAAUCACGCUGUGUAUCCAGUGUUCUGGAAUCCACAGGAGUUUAGGAGUACAUUUCUCCAAGGUGAGAUCUCUGACUCUGGACACGUGGGAGCCAGAACUGCUGAAGUUAAUGUGCGAGCUUGGAAACGGCGUCAUAAAUCGGAUUUAUGAAGCUCGCAGGGAGGAGCUCGGAGCACGGAAACCACAGCCAGGAGACUCGAGGCAGGACGUGGAGUUGUACAUCAGAGGCAAGUACGUUGAUCGGCGGUUCAUCAGAAUGCCAUCGGACGAAGAACUGAAGCUGAAGAUCAUGGCUUUGAGUGUAGCGCAGAAACGACUCAGCGACUCUUCCGAACCACAAACACGACAAGCAACACAACAUACACACACACAGAAAGCACAACCAGCGUCCGGAGCUUCAGUUAAAAGUGCAGACAGUGGCAUCAUGAACAAAGCUGAUGGAAGCCCCAUGGUUGUAAAAACCAGCCAUAAUCAUACAGAUGAGACUCAGUCCUCCACAUGUAGCAGUAAGGAGAAGCUGGUUUUCUCUGAGCCAAAGCAGUUCUGUCCCAGCUUGCAUCUGUACUGGGCCUCAUUCACACGCAGCCUCCCCGACAUGGCCGAGGCUCUGGCACAUGGGGCAAAGGUCAACUUUAUCAACACAGAGGAAGAGAAGAGAUCGCCGCUGAUCAUGGCUGUACACGGAGGCUCUCUGGUCACGUGUGAGUUUCUGCUCCAGAAUUCAGCCAGUGUGAAUCAGUGUGACAGUCAGGGUAGAGGACCACUACACCAUGCCACCAUCCUCGGACACACCGGACAAGUGUGUUUAUUCCUGAAGCGUGGAGCCAAUCAGAAUGCAGCGGACAUUGAAGACAAAACGCCACUGUCCAUUGCAGUGGACGCAGCUAAUGCAGACAUCGUAACGCUGCUGCGAUUGGCCAAGAUGAAUGAAGAGAUGCGAGAGUCAGAGGGACCAUACACGGGUCUCACAGGUCAAUAUUCCUCUAACAGUCUCACUGAGAUCCAGUACAGGAAGUGUAUGGAAGAGUUUAUUUUCUUACAGCUUGGUGACUCCUAACAGUCUCAUAUUUUCUUUAUAACCAUGCUGCUAUGAAAUUCGGUGUUCAUUAUUUUUCUAGAACAGCAGCUCUGACAGUAGUACAGCUGCAAAUCACAGGUUUAGACUAAUGCACUCGUUCUCGUAUGUUAUUGUUUCUAUAGCAAUAGUUCAUGCAAAGGGACUUCACAGCGGACUCUCGGAAUAAACAGAUUAAACGUUUCUUUGAUAUGGUGAAGUUUUCUGUAAGGAGACAUUUAUAUAAGAUUUACGGAAGGAGUCUCCAGUGUAGGUAAAGCUGUAACUUUGUCCCCAAGAUGUAAGAAAAUGUCAUAGAGUUCAUGCUUUCCUGGUUCUCAUUAACAAUACAAACGGCAAGCUGCAUUUAUUUAUUUUUUUUUCGAGAGAAAAAAGGGAGACUGGUGAGGAAACGACUGUUUAUAGCUGCUAUGAUGUAAUUGAGAACAGGAUCUAAGACCUGGUUUAUACUUAACGUGACUUUCCUUGCACAUAUAGAAGAAGCUGUAUCGUCAGUGGCACUGUUCACACACUCACCUGCAUACUUCAUGUACAUCUGGAGGAUUUACUAGAUAACACGUCAGAGCAAAACAUCCCGGUUUCCAAGUGGAACUGUGAAACGUUUCACGAUUUUAAGCACAAUGAUGUCUCUUUAAAAUGUUCUGCAGUUGUCGUGAUUGUCGUCAUGAGCUGCGUCUCAAAACAAAAACUUUUUGAUUGACCUUUCUAAAAGAUUUACUAGAAGAUCCAGAAGACUGGUCCAGAAACAAACCUUUCUAUUGCAGCAUGAGAGGUUUUUAAAAUUCAAAUUCUAACCAUAAAUAUGAAAAACUGGUUAGUGUAAGUACUCAACACUAACUGGGUGAUGAUAUGAUGAUAUCGAUAUCAUGGUAACUUGGAUCACAAUAGACUUUUCUGAUAUAUUGCAGGUAUCUCUUGGCUAUUUCUAACAUUUUCACAAUAGCGAUGACCAACUCUGAUUGGAUGUUUAAAAUUUUUGAACAACCUAUAAUUUUUUUUUUUGCUAGUAAAAUAAUGUAUUCAAAUUAUUAGAAUUUAUUAUUUUAAAUGUAUUUUUCAGUUUAAAUGAAUUUAUUUUUGUAGACAUUGUAGACAAAGACAUUUUGUGUAUAUACAGUGGGGUCCAAAAGUCUGGAACCGCAUUGAAUUUUUUUUUUUUCACUUAAACUUGGAAAUAUAUACAGAAGGUUUUAGAAUUUGUAAAUAUUUAAAACAAAGAAAGUAAAUAUUCAGUAUCUUGUAACAUCAGUAACAUUUAAUAUUCAACCAGUCUGUGAAGGAUUUAGCUGAGGUUUUUUUUUUUUGUUGUUGUUGCUUUUUUGCAGAAAACUACUUGAAUUGGGGAAAUUGCAAUUGCACAAAAUAGUUUUGCACGGUCUUUCGCAGUGAUGUUUGUUGGUAAAUUAGACCUUUUUAGCUGUACUCUUUCAUCUCACGUGAAUCGAAGAGGGCUUUGGCUGAAUGCAGAUUGUAAUGUCACAUGAUGUGUCUGGGCCCAAAUCUGCGGUAAUGUUGAAAAAUUGCAAACUCCUCCAAAUAUUGCCGCAUUUGCGUGAUUUUGCAUUUCUACUUUCGCAAAAUCCUGGAGGGACUGCUCAAGAGUGUGCAAAUUUGUGAUAUUGACCAUAAUAACUGCUCUGUAGAAAAGGUCAGAUUUUCCUCAUGCCUAAUCUCUUCUGUUAUCAUUAAUGCAAAAAGGAGACAUACUAAAUACUAGGGGACAUACCAAAUACUAAAUUCUAGGGUACAUACUAAAUACUAGUGGAAAAUACUAUAAUACUUGGGGACAUACAAAAUUCUAAAUACUAGUGGAAAAUACUAUAAUACUUGGGGACAUACUAAAUACUAGGGGACGUACCAAAUACUAGGGGACAUACAAAAUACUAAAUACUAGUGGAAAAUACUAUAAUACUUGGGGACAUACUAAGUACUAGGGGACAUACCAAAUACUAGUGGAAAAUACUAUAAUACUGAAUUGUAAAUACUAGGGGACAUACCAAAUACUAAAUACUAGGGGACAUACUAAAUACUAGGUGACAUACUAAUACUAAAUACUAGGGGACAUACUAAAUACUAGGGUUCAUACAAAUAAUAAUAUUAGGGGACAUACUAAAUACUAGAUGACAUACAAAUACUAAAUACUAGGGGACGUACUAAAUACCAGGGGACGUACCAAAUACUAGUGGAAAAUACGAUAAUACUGAAUUGUGAAUACUAGGGGACAUACUAAAUACUAGGGGACAUACUAAAUACUAGGGGACAUACAAACACUAAAUACUAGGGGACAUACAAACACUAAAUACUAGGGGACAUACUAAAUAUGAGGGGACAUACUAAAUACUAGUGGACGUACUAAAUACUAGGGGACAUACUAAAUACUAGGGGACAUACCAAAUAUGAGGGGACAUACUAAAUACUAAUGGACAUACUAAA